GUGUGCGAGACAUUUUUUUUGCCCAGGUUACAUAGGUACUUUUGCAAAGUGACAAGAAGAACGUAGCAGUACUCUCCCUUUAAGCGUUGUUUCCAGACAUUGUUUGUGUGUUUGUGUGUGUGUGCGCGCGCGUGCGCAAAUGCACUGAAGUACGUAUGUGUAACCGUUUCCUGUGUGUUCUGCGCACAGCAGGUCCCUCACACUUCAGUGUUGGAUGCCACAUCAUGAUAGCAGGAUGUCCCUAUCCAGGAGCGCUGGUCCUACACCUGAACCGGAGCCUGGUGGCGCUGCUGUGUCUGCUUUGGUGUACAGCAUCCCUCGCAGUAAGGGUGAUCACAUCUGGGAACCUGACCGUCGUGGCUGGAGCUCCAGCCACCCUCCGGUGUGAACUAGAUGGAGAGGGAAACAUCAGCCAGGUGGAAUGGACGAGGUGUGAAGGAUACAAAAUUCUGGUGUUCCACAUAACUUCUGGAUCAGUGGUGAGUGAUGACUACAAAGGGCGCAUCUCCGAGAUGACCGUGCAUGGGUUCAAAUUGAUGACCAGCAGCAACGACACUGGUACCUACUGUUGCACCCUGGCCACCUUCCCCUACGGGAACCUGAAGGGCCAGGUGCACCUGCAGAUCGGCACGCCUCAAGCCCAUGCCUCCUCCGUUCCCAUGGUGACCGCCUUCGUCGUCGGUGGAGUCAUCGGUGGGCUGUUGUUGCUGAUCGCAAUUGUGGCUGUUGUUCUCCGCCAGAGGCGGAGAAGCAGCAUCCGCAACCCCGUCCAUGUGGUCGUCCAUCCUGCAGGAUUUCCACACAAACACCAGUCUUUUCUCCAAAGGACGUCAUCGAACCCGGCUCCCAAGGCACAACCCACCCAGGCCACACAGACGAGCAAGGACGAAGACCAGGGGCAGGAGGACAGAGCAGACUACUUCAACAUCCUUUCCGAAUAGAGCAGCAGCACUUGUUUAAUGCAUCGCAGCGAGUCACCGUGAGGUCCCUGAGGAGACGGGUGAACGACGUGAACCCGCUCAUGGAGUCCAGUCACUAUUCGCUCACCAUGUCCCAUGACUGAAUCCACUCACUGUGUCCAGCCAGAGCAGGACUGGUGGCUCUUGCUGUCCAACAUAUGAGCUCUUGGGGACACACACUAACUGACAUAGGUUCUGACAUCACACACAUAUGUUCACACUCAAAUAUUCAUAUUCAAACUGUCUGUAUUCAAACAACUACAAUCCUGCAAACUUUAAAUUUUUUUUAUCUUGUGUUUUGAAAUAUACUUUAAUACAGCGUCUGAUUUCUAGAGACAUUAGGGGGAAAAGCAUUAAAAGACAAAUGUUGUGUGAGGUUUUUCAGGUUCCUGCAAAUUGAAAACUUAAACCUGUAUCAUAUUUCCUUGAGCUAUUUUGUAAUACAGUGUUAUGUGACAAACUUACAAACUACUGCAU